GUAUUUACUAGGCAAACAACACGGCCCUAGACGCCUCCUCGUCAAGGAUAUAAGUGAAGGUUCGAGCUCGACGAUGGGAGUAUCGCAACGCUCCUCUCUUUGCAUCAACUGCGAACAGUCAAGAUGGCCGAAAGUAUCCAGGAAACCACAAUACCAGUCGAAGGUACGAGCGUAGUUCUGUCCUUCGGUCAUCACUUCUGAAAGUACCGCAUACAGUCGACAUGGACAUGCAAAGUCCAGAGCACGUACAAACGGAAUGUGUGCCAGUCUUCGGCGUAGACCUGGAUGAAGUGAACAGGACCAGGCCGCUAUAUGGCGAGAGUCUCGCAAUCUCCCUGCACCGUCACCGACACCGCAUCACCCAACAGCUAUCCACACACUUUCUCUUCAUUAUCGCGUGCGCCGUGCACGCUGCGGCGACCUCCUACAUCGGCUGGAUGUUCGUGAGAGCGAACAAGCCCUCCCCCGAAUUUGAACCCGAUCUUGACCUCGUCAUCACCGACGGCGUAUGUGGCGGCUCUAUCGUCAUCGCGUUCUUCACGACAAUCAUCGCCGAGCUCGCCAGAGGAACGGAGAGGGCAUGCGAAAGGAUGCGGAAUCGCGGAGUGGACACCGUCGAACUGAAAUGGAAGAUGCCAAGGUUGUGGGGGACCUUGCGGGGAGCCUGGCAGGCCCGGGCAGACGCACAACCGUUGCUGUGUCUGAAGCUACCCAUCGAGACGCAGAACGGCUACCCCGUGGUUCCGAUCUGCAGGAUGGUGGGGUUUAUCAUGAGCAGCCUGUAUGGCCCGGCACUGGGCUUCCAAGUUUAACCGAAUGGUUCGCACCUUGGAGGCAUGACCCUGGUUGAUGCUUUCGCGUGCGGCGCAUAUGGGACCACGAUGACUCUCGUGAUCCUCGCAAUGGCGUGGUUUUGGCGAAUGCUUUUGGUGCGACUUUGGGAGAAGAGAAUGCGGUCGAUGUUGUAGUGCUGAAUGAGAGAAGAGGUAGAAUUUGCUACGUAGUGGACGUUCAGUUAGUCUGUUGAUC